AUGUCGCCCAGUGUUCCGCCCAACCUUUACUACGAAAUCUACAACCUGGAGCAACCUUGGCCGUGGAGGGACCUCUUCGAUUUCGUCUUCUUCCGCCACAUGAAUACCGCUUUUGCCGACUGGGGUGAAGUGUUUGAAAAGGCUCUCGGACACCUCGAGCCCGGCGGCUACAUUGAAGUGCAAGACAACACCUUCCCCAUCAUGUGCGACGACGACACCAUGCCGCCCAACUCGGCCAUUGCGCGGUGGUCGACCCUGCUGAUGGAGGCCACGGAGCUGAUGGGCCGCCCUUGCACGGCGCCCUCCCACUUCAAGCAGCUGCUCGACGGCGCCGGCUUCGAGGCCAUUGUCGAGGUGAAGAGCGUCUGGCCCAUUGGGCCGUGGGGCGCCGGUAGCAGGAGGGACCGGGAGAUUGGCGUGUGGUGCCGGGAGAACUGUAUCGAGGCGCUCGAGGCGUCCACGAUUCACCUGUUUACGCAGUUUCUCCACUGGCCCGAGGAGGACACCCGGGACUUUUGCAAGGAGGUCGAGAAGGAGAUUCGGAGUGGUCAGGUCCACGCAUACUUCAACGUGUAUUGUGUUUAUGGGAGAAAACCCUACGCUUGA